AUGUCGUCAAGUAAAGCAUCGCGUUUAGGGGAGGAGACGCGGAUGGACAAGGUCAACGCCGAGCUCGUCGUCCUGACUUACGGCACUAUCGUCGCCCAGCUAUGCAAGGACUAUGACUACGACUACAUUGAAGUCAACAAGCAGCUUGACAAGAUGGGCUACAACAUUGGCCUGCGUCUGAUCGAAGACUACCUCGCUAAAUCCAACACCGUCAGGCGAUGCGCUAACUUCCGCGAGACGGCCGAGAUGAUAGCCAAGGUUGGCUUCAAGAUUUUUCUCAAUAUCACCCCGACUAUCACAAAUUGGACGAGCGACGGCAAGCAAUUCUCGCUAGUGUUUGACGAAAACCCCUUGGCCGACUUUGUCGAGCUGCCCGACGACGGCCGCGCCCAAGACGAGCUGUGGUACUCCAACAUCCUGUGCGGCGUCAUAAGGGGCGCCUUGGAAAUGGUGCAGAUGCAGGUAGAGGCGCACUUUGUCAGCGACGUGCUCCGAGGAAACGAUACAACGGAGAUGCGAAUCUCGCUAAUACGCUACAUCGACGACGAACUGCCGCCAGAGGACGACUGA